AUGUUGAUGGAUGCCUAUGAAGGCAUUCGCCUCAGGCGGGGGGCGCAGAUCUACCGGGCAGAGAGCAGUGUGCUAGAAUUUGUGAACAUGCCCAAUGGCCCGGCACAACAAGCGCGCGACGAGGCGAUGCGCGCGGCGCUUAAGCAGGCACUCCGAGACUGGGACAAUGAGGACGAAGACGUCGAUGAGUUCCUCAGGCAAACAUGGGAAGAGUGGAUUCAUAUUUUCGAUUACGACGAGCAGGAAACGAUAGAGGAUUGGUGGUUAGAGUGGGGGAACUUGAUGCACUCCGGAGAUGAUGAUGAAGAAUCUGAGCGGAACCCAGUCAUGAUAACCAUGUCUGUCUCGACAUAG